AUGGGUAAACUAUUUAAAUCAUUUUCUCCGCGAAAGAUAGAACCGAUCUACUUUGAUAUUAGGUUGGAUCAAAACACCAUUCGGAUCCCAGCAGCAGGGCAUACGGUUAAGUAUGGCCAUGCCCAGGGAAAAGUUAUUUUGUGCCUUAAUAAACCUACGCGCGUGAGCGAUGUCAAGCUACAUCUUGAGGGCCGCUACUAUAUAAACUGGGACGCGACGUUCCCCAGCGAUUCACAUCGGCAUUGCAAAGCAUUUUGGAAAGAGUUGCCUUUCCAUCACGAUGUCUGGAGCUUUCUGCGGGUUUCCGCCGGAUCAUCCUCCACGACCUUGGAGCCGGGAAACUAUGAAUUUCCUUUCCAAAUGUGUCUUCCAGGCCGAUUACCGGAAUCUAUGACCGGCGUGGAUGACUGUUAUAUUCGGUAUCGGUUGAGAGCACAGAUCUAUGGCCGGAAAGGCGAGAGUGUAACCACGUCGAGGGAGGUCACCAUUCGAAAGGUCUACCACCUGCCUUUGCGUACUGUUCCGAGGAGCAUUGAGAACAAUUGGCCGAACAAAUUAAUAUACAAUGUCAGCAUUCCAACCCCGGCUGUCCCAUUCGGCGGCCAUAUCCGGGUCACCUAUCGGUUCGUUCCUCUGCUGAAGGGCCUCAAUGUGAAAUCCAUUCGAUCGGAUAUCAUCGAAGCGCAUACCGUAUCGAACCCAUCAUAUGCUUCUCGAUCACGAGAGGUGUUAACGGAUGAAUUUGACCCUCCAACCUGGGAAGAGAUGGAUAUCAGUACCGACGACAGAUGCUGGUAUCAAUGCUCCCGGAUGCUUCAAUUACCCAAGUCCACCCAACGGUGUCUACAAAGUGUUGCGACAACGGUCCUCCAGGUUAGACAUUCGAUACAAUGUUUAAUCACCCUGUCAAAUCCAGACGGUCAUCUGUCCUCGGUUCGUCUUUCUCUUCCAAUCGUCCUCAUUUUCUACCCCUCGACCAGCGCUAGCCUUCAGGUGUUAUCGGACCCUGUGGCCGCGGACGAGGGAGAAACCGCACUGCCCCAUUAUAACGACCAUGUACACGACGCAAAGCUUGUUGACAACCCUUCAACCUAUGCGGGGCCGCAUUUCAAUCAAAGGCCUCCAGAGUACUCGGCAUUCGACGGCGUAUCCGAAAUUCCUAGUUAA